GUGACACAUAAUUUGUAAUAGAUGGAAUAUUUUUUUAAAAAAAUAAAAACCUUAAUUAUGAUUGAUACUAUAAUUAUUCAAAUAUCAUUAAAAGAGUAAAUAAUUAAAAAUCUCUUCUAAUAAAUGUUUUUCUAAAAACCUAUAAAAAGAAGAAACACAGCAGAUAAUUUAAGCAAAAUGAAUUACAAAUUUUGUUCAAAAUAUAUAGAAACAACUACAGAUAAUUUGACGUGAAUCAAUUAUAAAAUUUCCAAAAAAAAAAGGUUCAAAUAAAAAAUAAAAGCAAAAAAUAUUCACUUCUUCCCCUAUAUAUAUACAAUGUGGAUAGAGUCAUUUUACCAGAACACCUCCUUAAAUUCCUCACCAAAAACCCUCUCUUUAUUUUACAUUCAAACCAAAAAAAAAAAAAAACCAAAUCAACGAUGAUGUACACAACGAACAAUCGGUGGAUGAUCGGCGACGCGGCCAACAAUUCAACGGCUAUGAUUCAAUCAAAUUCAACAUGGACACGAUUCGAAGACAAGCAAUUCGAGCAAGCCCUAGUACUGUAUUCUGAGAACGACGUUGAACGUUGGCAGAAAAUAGCAAAUCAUGUACCUGGAAGAACAGUAGAAGAUGUGAUGAUGCACUAUGAUACACUUGUUCAUGAUGUAUUUGAGAUUGAUUCUGGAAGAGUUGAACCACCGAGUUAUCCUGAUGAUGAUGGAGGAUUUGGUGGUGAUUGGGAUGAAUUGGAUGGAGGUAAAUUGAGUCAGAUCUCCUUUGGUGGUGGAGCCAGUAAGAAGCAAGAAGUUGAGAGGAAGAAAGGGACUCCAUGGACUGAAGAAGAACACAGGUUAUUCCUUAUUGGGCUGGACAAAUACGGGAAGGGUGACUGGAGAAGCAUUUCAAGAAAUGUAGUGGUGACGAGGACACCGACACAGGUGGCCAGUCAUGCUCAAAAAUACUACCUUAGGCAGCAGUCAAUGAAGAAAGAACGGAAAAGAUCGAGCAUACAUGACAUUACCACCGCAGUGGAUACGAAGAUGGUGCCUCCUCAAAACAGUCUUCAGAAUCAAGGAGCGUAUCAGAAUUUCAACUUCCCCAUGUAGAGACAUGAAGAGUAGGAAUAUCCGUAUAUAGUAUGGUCUCGUGGAGUCGAUGUUCCAACUUGUAAAGUUUAUUGUUUCUAGCUUAAAGUCGAUUUAGGGGAUUACCUAGUGAAUAGAAGCUUAGUCAAUAGUUUCAGUUACUGCUGUUAGCUAAAUGGGUGUACUUAUGGAUGCCAUAGUUGAACAAAACAUGGAGGUUUACAUGUAAAUAAACUGAGUUAAGGGAAAUCAUUGGCAUUUUGUUUCUAGAA